GGGUCCUUUGAAUGCAUGUGGCGCGAUAUGGGAAACUGUGGAGAAUAGUUUGACAGCAGGAGAGCCAAAGAGAUUAUUAUCACUGUUUGGCUCUCCAUGUAUCCACACAACAUGUUUUCUACAGAGCAAAGUUGUUGGUUUGUCCGCAAGGUGAUCUGCUGGAGAGCCGUGGCCAGCAUUGCUUGGGCUGUCCUGUUGUUGCCACCCAUCACAGCGGUUUUUGUAAUCCUCAGCAGGUUCAGUCUGCUCCACCCCAUCCAGACAAUAUCAGAAUGCCUGUCCUUCUUAACAUGUGCAAGUGCCAUCUUCACCUUCAUCCUGCUGUGUGGAGUGAUCAUCAUGGUGGGGAUCAUGAACCUGGAGUAUUAUACAGUCAUCCCAACUAUUGCAUGCUCAAAAAUUGCCCUGUUGGGUCAGCUGCUCCACCCUCGUCAGUUUGUCAACUCCAUGGCCCACUGUAUCAUGGGAAUAAUCGUGGCUUGGUGUUGUGCCAUCACUAUUGGUGGCAGAUACGAGACAAUUGGCUACCCUUGCACACAGGGUGAUGGCACUGACAGUUCCCCUCAGAUGUGUCUGAAUGAAUAUCACCUCAUGAUUCUGCUAGCUGGAGCCUUUGUGGGAAUCUCUCACAGUCUGCUUGGUGUGAUCUACAACAUGAACUAUGUGUCUUUUCACAGUGUUCAGCAAUACAAAUACCUUCGCUUUAAAGGAUCCCUACCUUUGGUGGUGAAGUACAGCGCCACUCAAGCACUUUACUCUGUCAGGAACUACAUUGUUGUGUAUUUCUUUUUGGGAUAUAUUCCAAAAGCGUGGAUUUGUAAAACACUGAAUCUUCAUUUGAACAGCUCUGUCCACCCUCUGGACAGCGUAGCUGGACUGCUGGACCUCUCCCUGCUCUACCACCAGUGGAUCAGUGCCAGCUUCCUCCUCUUCACAUGGAACAUCACUCUGCUGCUUUUUAGGAUAUUUGUCACUGAGGUGUACAGUUUUCCUGUGCAGUCAUCGUUUACGGAGGAUGCCCAUCAGUGUCUUCCUAAAGUUCUUACAGACAAGCAACCAAUUAUUUUGAAGUUUCUAGCUCUGCAGGACUUGGCUCUGCUGUCCCAACACUCCCCAUCAAGACGCUGUGAGGUCUUCAGUCUGAGUCAGCCAGGUGGCCAUCCUCACAACUGGAACGCCAUCAGUAAGGAGUGUCUGUCUCUGCUGGCUGAUCUGACCCAGAGACUCAUAGCCUACCAUGACACCGUAGCAACCAAUGGCAGGGCCAAAUCCCUGUCUACUGGGAGUGAAAGGAAGACCUCAUCCGAGACAUCAGUAACAUCAGGCGCAGAAGAUCUGAUGAGCCCGAGGCAAACUUUACUGUUGAAAACUCCAGCUUCUGUCUUUGCACGCUCCAUUGUUGGCCCCCCACACAGCCCUCUGACGGCACCGUUCACUCCUGACCUGGACAGCCCUUUUGCUUCUCCCGCCCUGCGCCGUCUCACUGCCCCUGUGGACCAAUGCUCACCGUGGUUUGGCACAGUGCAAAGCCCACACAUCAUGAGGAGAGGCCCAAAGCUCUGGUCCACCUCCACAGAUUCACAGGUCAAUGGCAGUCCCCCCGCAUCGCCUGCCUCGGUUCCCAGUCCCAAGCAGGAGCAAUCCAAACCAAGUCGCCUGGCUCAGUUCCUUCAGAACAGAAAAGAACAGGUUAAAAAUUUCUUGGCAAAACGCGUGCUGAUAAUGUAUUUGUUCAACAAGCUUCCAGAAGCCUCCAGUCAAGCUCUGUUUGCAGACAGCCAGGCUCACAUCUGGGCUUUAGAAGGGCUGUCUUACCUUGUUCAAGCCUCCUUUUCAGAAGACCAGUUUGGUGUUGUACAGACUACAUUACCCAGCAUUCUUGGUUGCAUGCUGUUCUUACAAGAGGCAGUAGAUCGCCACUUCAAGCUGCCUCAUGCCUCCAGUAAGCCUGUGAGGUCGUCCAGCAGCAUGGGAGACUCCACUCACAAAACACUGCGCUUCGCUCUCAGGGCCACUCUCAAGACUGCCAUCUACAGGAUAACAACCACUUUUGGAAAUCACUUAAAUGCUAUUCAGAUGUCUGCAGAGCACCAGAAGAGAUUGCAGCAGUUCCUCGAGUUCAAGGAAUAACACAACUGACACUUGGCUCUUGUGCUGUCAGAUUCUUAUUGGGAUGUGUGUGUGUGUGUGUGUGUGUGUGUGUGUGUGCACAUUAGCAUAAUUGAGGCAACAAAUGAAAGCCCAUGGUAGUGCCUCUUUUAAUAUUUAUGUCUGCACUAUGUCAUUGCGGAUUGUAUCUGAUAGGCUAGAUCACAUCCUCUGACAUGCAUGAGGCGCUGGCUUCCUGCCCAACAGACGGACUGAAACAGGUUGGAAGCCCAACUGUUGGAGAGAUUUAAACUAGCUUACUGUAUACGUAAGCAACUCAUUCCAAAAGAUAUUUGCUUUAUUUGUGUUACAAGGAAGUCAUAUCCCGUAAUCAUAUUUGACCUGGGAUGAGUUGUAAAGGGCUAUUUGCGCUGCAUUGGUUCUAAAUUAUGUACAUGUACAUGUUCUUUUGGUUUCACGAUUCAUUGGCUGUCUUAUGAAAUUACUAUCCUUGUGAUUUCAAAGCAUUUUCAGUUUGUGUGAAGAGUGAGACGGAUAGUAUGAGAUGUCAGAGUGAUGACAUAGAAGCUGUGUUCUCUUUAGUUUCACAGGUGUCUGAAAUGUGUUCUGGAAAUAUAUAUUUUUUUAGCAUCUGGUUUUGUUCUAAACACCAGCCUGGAGAACUAGUUUACUGUAAGCUGUGCGUGUCAGUUCAUGUUAUUCAACUAAAAAAAACACCAUUGUCAGAUUUACUGAUCAGACACCGCUGUUUGUACAUGUCAACUAUUUGUGUUUGUCAGUUUUGUUUGUGAAAUAAGGCUCCUUUAUGUCAGAUCAAGGAUGGAGAUUUGUUGUGACUGUUAACAAGUGUGGGGAAUAUUCUUUGAUUGUCAAUGCCAACAAGUAUUGAGUUAAAAUUCUGAGACCUGUAGAAUAAAAACAUAAUG